GUUUCCAUUUAGGUGAAAAACCUGACGGAGGAGAUGGCCUCUCAGGAUGAGAGCAUUGCCAAGCUGACCAAAGAGAAGAAAGCCCUCCAAGAGGCACACCAGCAGACUCUUGAUGACCUUCAGGCAGAGGAAGACAAAGUCAACACUCUGACUAAAUCGAAGACAAAGCUUGAGCAGCAAGUGGACGAUCUUGAGGGCUCAUUGGAGCAAGAGAAGAAGCUCCGUAUGGACCUUGAGAGAGUCAAGAGGAAGCUUGAGGGUGAUCUGAAACUGGCCCAGGAGUCCAUAAUGGACCUGGAGAAUGUCAAACAGCAAUCAGAUGAGAAGAUCAAAAAGUGAGUGGUCAUCAGAUUU